UGGGGAGGAGAGGGGGGGCUUACUCAGCCAAAGAUUCUUUUAUUUUACGUUUUCUUACGCGUGCCAGCUUGUAACUAUGAUCCCUGGACUUGAUUUUGUGCGUUAGAAGUCGUUAAAUGAGGUAAGGAUUAUAACGUUAACGUGACAUCGCCAGCGGCUCUCCGGCGGCACGCUCAGUCCUUGGGCCGGUUGAUGAAAUGUAUGAGUUCCGAUUCGUUUUUUCUUUCUUCUGGAGGGACACCCAGGUAACCAGUCCAGGGGAUGUCUGAGGAGGCUGUCCGCCAGACACGCAGCCAGAAGAGGGCGCUGGAGAAGGAUGCUGCUCCCCAGUCUAUAGAACUCUCUGACGCUGACAGUGAAAGCAAAAGGCCUAAAUUGGACACGUCUGAAGCCACAACACAGGAACAAACUGAACUUGAACCCGGCCCUGUUCUGGCACAGGAAGAUCCGUGCCGGACUAUGGUUGGAUCAGAGCACGAGAACGAGCAGGAGAAGAGCCUGUCGCCGUUAUCUUUAGCGUUACCUUUGGCCUCUCAGCCGGUGAAGGAGGAUCAGGAGCGGGCCCAACAGACGAUGGUUGAACCCAGCUCAGACAAUCGGACUGACUGCAACGACAGAGCCAGCAAGGUGAAGACAGAGCCAGCUGUGGAUACAAGGAGCCAGGUCCGACUGACGGAGCCAAAGGCGUCCGGUGGCAUGCUGGCUGCGGGCGAGGUGAAGGCCACCAUUAAAGUGGAAGUUCAGACGGGAGAGCAGCCUGUGGACAUGAGCACCUCCAGAGGCAGUAUAAAAAGGGAGAAGCGCCCUCCGUCCCCUGAAGAUGACGAUGUCAUCAUCUUGUCAGAUAAUGACUCGCCCAGUCCACCAAUGAAUGGCUUGAGCCACUUUAAGGAGCUGGACACAGACCUGCUCAUGAAGAGCAGCCCAGUGGAGAGGGAGCGCAUCAUUAAGCAGCUGAAGGUGGAGCUGAGACUGGAGGAGGCCAAGCUGGUGCUGCUGAAGAAACUUCGACAGAGCCAGAUACAAAAGGAUACUCUCCAGAAGCCCUCAGGUCUUUCCAGCUCCUCGGCUCCUCCUCCUCUCAUUCGGGGAACAAUUACAAACAAUAAAGGCUCUCAGCAGAUUUUGACAGGCAGGAGUUCAGGCACAGUAAUCCCUCCGCCGCUGGUGAGAGGAGGCCAGCAGGUGUCAUCCAAACAUGGCUCCCAGAUCAUAAUGCCGCCUCUGGUCAGAGGGACACAGCCCAUCUCUGUAUCUCCACAGCAGAUCCAGGCUCUGCGCCAGCAGCAGCAGCAGCAGCAGUUGGCUGCCUCUGGAGGCUCAGGACCCCCCCCUCUGCUGUUGGGCUCCAGGACCUCAGCCCCUGCAAGCCACGGCCAGAGAGGCAUGGUCCACUCAGGCCUCAUCAGGAUUGGCAGUAGUGCCAACACACUGGCCUCGGCAUCCAGUUUGAAGGGCUCUUCCUCAGGAAGCAGCGGCGUGUCUGUGGUUAGCGUGAAUGACUCUCCAGCAAGCCGCCAAGCUGCAGCUAAACUCGCCCUGCGGAAACAACUGGAGAAGACCCUACUGGAGAUUCCCCCACCCAAGCCCCCUGCCCCAGAGUUUAACUUUCUGCCCUCUGCAGCCAAUAAUGAGUUCAUCUACCUGGUGGGACUGGAAGAAGUGGUACAGAAUCUGCUGGAUACCAUCCACAGAGGAAAGACAGGUGUAGCACUGUCCAAGACCAUUACCAGAGACCCCUUCACCUGCACCCAGUGCAAAACCGACUUCACCUGCCGCUGGAGGCACGACAAGACAAAAGGCGGGACAGUCCUCUGUGAACACUGCAUGUCUUCCAAUCAAAAAAAGGUUUUGAAAGCUGAGCAUACCAAGAGGCUGAAAGCUGCGUUUGUCAAAGCCCUGCAACAAGAGCAGGAAAUCGAGCAGCGUAUCUUUCAGCAGACGUGCUCACCGGUCUCCCACAGUAGCUCCUCGUCCUCUUCGUCGAUGAAAGCCGAGCAGCUGGUGUCCCAGCAGCUGAAGCAGGCUCACGCCAGAGCAUCCUCCCAGCACCUCCACCAGGCCAGCCGAGGAGCCAACAUGGUUCACCAUCACUCCGUCAAGCAGAGCUCCCAGGGCCAGCUGUCCCAUGGUGUCUCAUCAUUGGGGGUGAGGGGCAUCCCCCACUCCUUCUCCUCCUCCUCCCAGCUGCAGAGUGCAGUGGCGGCUGCAGCUUUGGUCAGCCGGCCAGGUAAGAAUGCCCACGUUUCCCUGCGCUCUGUCCAGAGUUCAAAGGUGAGCAGCAGUGGAACCGCCGGCGGCAGGAAUAUCAGCGGAGGUAGUGCCUCACCCACUGCAUGGAAGAAGCAGAGCAACAGCAACACAGGAGUCACUAUGGCCUACGUGAACCCCAGCCUGACAGGUCACAAGUCGUCAGCCAGCGCCGACGCUCGUCAGAGGGAGUACCUGCUGGACAUGAUCCCCUCUCGCUCGUCGAUCUCGCAGACUGCAAACACAUGGAAAUAAUUCACAUAAUACUCUUGUACUAUUUUGCUUUUCUCCAAGUUCCUCAGCUCCAAUAAUAUGGUCAACAGCAACCCCCGGACGACUGUUCAGCAAAUACAAUCUCUCAAAGUGGAGAAAUGUUCCUUCCGUAUGGUUGUUGUUUUAGUUUUCUUAUUUUCUGUUGUUUAUUUUGAGAUUCGCUGUUCUUUGGUAAUUGUGCAGAAACCAUUUUGAUUUGAUUGGGGCAAAGAAAAAUUCUAAUACUUGAAGGGCUUCCCCCUGGGUACUUCUGUCCUCCAGACUGGGUGGCUAAACGUUGGUUUGCAUUGAGUACUUUGAUUAAAAAGUACUGUGUUCUGGGUUUAUAAAGCCUUUUCUGCCAUGAUGUAGGUCAAACUGACCCAACCUUUUGAAACUUGAAUGGUCAUACCCAAGAGUUCACAUUCAACAAAAUACACAUUUAUUUUAAGCAAAAACAAAUUAACUGAGUUGUAAAAUGUUCAGUACAUCACCCCUGUAGUGGAAGAUUUGAAUUUAUUUUGUAUUUACAGUAAGUUAUUUUUUUUUUUUUUAUUAUUAUUAUUAUGUUCAGUAUAUUGUGGUUUUCCCAAAUGAAGAGUUUGUUCAAGCUUUUUUUCUCUCCAUUUUAACAGCAUGCCUGCCCUUAACCCCUCUGUUCAUUUUGCACCAUAGCUGAAGAAGCGUGGUGUUGUUGCUCAAUUCAUCUGUAAUUACCAUCCGUAAUUUGCUUAUUUUAUAUUAAUGUCAACAUUGUAAGGCUAUUUUGAGUGUUUUGUCAUUGCUGAGAAAAUGCAAACUCUGAAGGAGCUGAGUUUGCCACACUGGAGCCUGAGUUUUUGCCUCAGAUUUAUUCAACUAUAAUUCACACAAUAUGCGACAUACAUGUAGCCCUGAUCUCCCAGCUACCAAGAGCCUGGAACACACAAGGUAUCUUUAUCUUGUACCACUAAUAUUGCGUCAUUUCUCUGCUUCCCGGCUUUAACUUCAUUGUACAAACUUAUGUUAAAACUUAUUUGGUUUACUUUUUUUCCUAGCUCCUGAAGAAAUAAAAAAAUUAUACAUUUUAAA